GCAACGCCGCGCAUUUGUUAUUAUCUCAUUUUUUCUGCUGCGCAUUUCGCCUUUGUCCGAAAUAUUAGAAGAAAACAAUACAAUUUAACGCUGCGCCAAAGGGCACGACAAGUAGUUGAGAGGCGAAAAAUUAAACAAUUUCCCAGACGUUGCGUAAUUUCAUAAAAAUAAACAAAGGCGUUAGCAUCGAGAGCGAAAUCCCAAGAACUCAAGAACCCAAGAGCAAACAAUUGAAAAACAGAAAGUUUGACCAACAAAUUGCGCAUAUAUUCGUUUAAAUAUAUUCGCAAUCCGCAGCUGAUUUCGCACAUCAAGGCAAAAUGCUCGAUCUGGAGAUCCUGCCGGAGAACUCCUUGGGCUGCGACGCCUGGGAAUUCGUGCUGGGCAUGCACUUCUCGCAGGCCAUCGCCAUCAUCCAGUCGCAGGUGGGCAUCAUCAAGGGUGUCCAGGUGCUCUACUCCGAUACGAAUCCUUUGGGCGUGGAUAUCAUCAUCAAUCUGCCGCAGGAUGGCGUUCGCCUGAUCUUCGAUCCAGUCAUUCAGCGCCUGAAAACCAUCGAGGUGUUCAACAUGAAGCUGGUGAAGCUGCGCUACGGCGGCGUCUACUUCAACUCGCCGGAGGUGCUGCCCAGCAUCGAGCAGAUCGAGCACUCCUUUGGGGCCACCCAUCCUGGGGUUUAUGAUGCAGCCAAGCAGCUCUUUGCUUUGCAUUUCCGCGGCCUGAGCUUCUAUUUUCCCGUGGACAGCAAACUGCAUUCGGGUUACGCCCAUGGAUUGGGCUCGCUGGUCUUCCUGAACGGCGCCUCGCCUGUUGUCUCCAAAAUGUCCCUCUAUGCGGGCAGCAAUGUGGCGGAGAACAGGGCUCCCUCGCUGCCUUUGGCCUGCUAUCACCGCCAGAUGUACCUGGAAUCGGCCACCGUUCUGCGCACCUCCUUUGGCCACACGAAGGGCUUGAAGCUGAAGCUCUUUACAGAGGGUUCGGGACGCGCCUUGGAGCCCCGCCGCCAGUGCUUCACGCGGGAACUGCUCUUCGGCGACAGCUGCGAGGAUGUGGCCACCAGUUUGGGUGCUCCGAAUCGCAUCUUCUUCAAGAGCGAGGACAAGAUGAAGAUACACAGCUCGAGUGUGAAUCGACAGGCGCAGAGCAAGCGCAGCGACAUCUUCUUCAACUACUUUACCCUCGGCAUCGAUGUGCUGUUCGAUGCGCGAACGCAGACCUGCAAGAAGUUCAUACUGCACACCAAUUAUCCGGGGCACUUCAACUUCAAUAUGUACCAUCGCUGCGAGUUCCAGUUCCUGCUGCAGGCCGAUCAUCCCUCGAUGAGCGACAGUGGCCAUGAUUUGGUGACGCCCACGAAGCAGGAGCAUGUUAAUAUUAGCGCCUACACGAAAUGGGACGAGAUCAGCAGCGCACUGGCCACCUCCGAGCGGCCGGUGGUGCUGCAUCGCGCUAGCUCGACGAACACGGCGAAUCCGUUUGGAUCGACCUUCUGCUACGGCUACCAGGACCUGAUCUUCGAGGUGAUGCCGAAUAGCCACAUUGCCUCGGUGACGCUCUACAACACGGCGCCGCCCAGGCAGCCCGCGCACUCGUGGCAGCAGCACAAGAUGCAGGACAUCCGCUUAACGGUGGCUUAGAAAAGAGGUGU